AUGGCGGCGCAGCCAGCGGGUGCCGCUCCCGCGGCGCAGCCAUCGGGCGCCGCUCCCGCGGCGCAGCCAUCGGCCGACAAAUCCAAGGGUCGACAUGGACUAUUGCGACCAGAGCAAAUUCAGAAUUCCCAGGAAUUGUGCCUCGAGCAAGUCUAUGGACGCUUGCUGGCGGCCACAGGUAUCCCUGG